AUGUCGUGGCUGAGUAUUAAUCUGAAUGAUAGUUUGAAUAGUUUAAAAGGACAGAUAUCAACGUUGACGAAGGAAGUUCUGUCUGAGGAAAUUGAAGAUGCAACAAUUAACAAGAAAAUAAAAUCGAAAGAUGCUACAACUACCAAACACCCCUAUACGGUCACACCAAAACGAACACCAAACAUUGUUCCAGUUGGCAAAAACGAAGGUUCCUGUCCUGAGGAAAUUGAAGAUGAGUCCGGCGACGAGCAGAUCGUUGUCCCGCGCGACCAGAUUAAGGCCUUGGAAGCGCAGAUCAAUCUCCAGCGGCAUGAG